ACACUCGUUUAAAUCGGUCGAUAAUGUGACUAGAAUCUAAGGUUACUAAAGUUACGAUUUUUAUCUUUAUGUAUUUUCAGAGGUUGCCUCUUCAAGUGUGGCAUUACAAGAGAUUGGAUCUUGUACAUAUUCAGUCUUUUCUGUUUUAUUCAACAUCCAUUACUACAUCAUUGGAUACUGUCUCUGUAUAUAGUGAAAAUGGUCUACCAAAAAUUAUCAUCCCAUUGCCUUCUAGACGAGAAGCAUGUUCUUUUGUUCUCAAACCAUUACAACAUACAGUUGGGGAUUUAUCAAACUUCAUAAAAUGUGAAGAUAGUGGUGUCGAUCGAAUAACAUUUUUUAGUAAAGCCUCCCAGUUUAGUGUAUUGCCAAAGGAUUUAGCAAAUGUUCGAGAAUUAGUCUCAAAACUUGCCAAUGCCAUUCAUGUAGAUGAAUUUUAUGCACAAAAACAACAACAACUUGAGAAAUGUAUAGAAGAUGUGAAUCUGCAAUUGGAACCAUUUGAAAAGAAAAAGUCAGUCAUUGCUGUACAAGCAGCACAACGAACACGUUGGCUUACUUGGCUUGGAUUAGGUGCAAUGGGUAUACAAUUUGGAUUACUGGCAAGAUUAACAUGGUGGGAAUAUUCAUGGGAUAUUAUGGAACCUGUGACAUAUUUUGUUGGCUAUGGAACUAGCAUGGCUAUGUAUGCCUAUUAUGUGAUCACACGACAGGAUUACACACUUCCCCAAGUAUUUGAUCGUGAAUAUCUUAAAAGCUUUUAUAAAUCAGCUGAUAAAUCAUCAUUUGACGUACAGCGUUACAAUGAAUUACGUGACGAACUAGCUCAUUUGAAGUCAGAACUACGUCGCCUUAAAGAUCCUCUUUUAUAUCAGUUACCUUUACAACAAACUGAAUAUAUGGUACCUGAACAAGUUGAAGAUAUUCUAAAUCAAACUAAGAAUCCACCUCAAAAAUAAUACAAAAAGAACACCAAUAAAAAAGUCUGCAUCUAUACUUCGUCUAAUGCUUUUACUGUUUUCUUUUAUGCCAGUUGAUCUCAACUAUAAUCUAUGACACUACAGUAAUUAUUAUUAAUUUAUCUCUUUCAUUUUACUAAUUUCACCGUAUUGCUGUUUUUAUCUCAUGCAUCCUCUCGUUUUUGUAGCUUAGUUUUUCCAGCACAUUGUCGUUGUGAUGUCUCUUUACUUUUAUCUUUGUUGUGAGUGAGAAAUACAAAUAAUGAUGAUGAUUAGUUUCAAUUAUGAAUCUCUGUAAUACAGUAUGUUUUUAUUUGUUUUCCUACAUGUUCAUAUCAAAUAUAUUUGUUAACGUCGGCCUAAAUAUUUCAGUUUAGCUUCUUCAAUGCAACACUGAACAGUUCAGCAUUCAAAAAAAACAAUGAAAGAAGAGUGUACUCAUUAAAAAAUAUGAAUGUAUUGUUUGUUUCUCGUCGUUAACUUUAUUUUUCGAAUAAUUUUCUCAUGUGAAUAAAAUGAGGACAAUUAUUGACUGACUUUUAAAGAAUAAUAUUUGUUGUGAAUUAUGUGUUCAGAAUGUCUUUCUUUCGUUAACUUCUUUUAACAAAACUAACAGAAUAAAUUUAAGGAGUCGUGAGACGUUUUACUGGGCUUUUGUACGAACCAUGUAUAGAAAUCAAUCUAUUAUUUUAAAUCGAAUAAAUGACUGAUUUCAUAACUCAUUUCAUUAGUUGGAAUUUGUCUUCGUGUGUAUGUUUAGUGUGCUUGAUUCUAUUGCCUAUAUAUUGACUGACGUAUAUAAUUAGCUUUAUAUUUUUAUGUCUCUAGUUUCUUCACUAUAAAGAUAAGUUAUACAAAUUUUCUCUCUUGUAUACGUCCUAGCUUUGUUUAUUUUUCUUUCUCCAUAUAUGAAUGAUUUCUUUUUAUAGCUUCUGCUCCAUUCUGAUUGUAUUGUUUGUAUUCCUGUCAACAGGUAAAAGCUCCUGAUAUUACAAAGGAUAAAGUAUGAAUACAAUUUCUAAUUAGGUUUACACUUAUUUGUUUGUUCUUGAAUCCGACUUUUUGAGAAUUUUUUUUUUCAUUACAAAGUGUUGUCAGCUACAAAGUUAAUGAGAGACUGCAGGAAAUGAACAGUUGAUUGAUUUGGUAUUGAGAUAUCUCAUCAGUGUUCACCCACGCUCCUAUAUUGGAUCGAAUUUAGGAGAAUUAUAGUAUCAUAGUAAUUAAAUCACAUGAGUCUAAAUUCAAGAGUCAGUAUUUUAAAUUGUAGUGGUCAAGAGCGAUCCUCAUCUAUACUUAUAAUACUUGUGACUUAAGGCAAUCCGCACAUGAUGUACAUAUACCAAAAGGGACUGGUCAAUCGCAGUUCCAAACAUCAAUGGUAGGAUUCAAACAACCACCAUAAACUAAUAAUACUUUGUCUGUUCAAUAGCCCCCUGAGUACCUUACUAACAUAAUUGUAAUCUAAUAAAAUGUUAGAAAUCUUUACUCACGCACACCUCAUAGUUAUUUUAAUACUCGAUCAGUACAUCAAUAUGACAAUUGAAUUUGAAGAUAAUACUUAAAGUUUUGUUGUAUGUAUUUUAUCAGAUACUUUCUAAUAAUAGACUCAAUUAUUCCAACAUAAUGCAUUUCAAUUAGUGAAUUUUUCUCAUGUAGUUGAUAUAGAAAUAUAAUAGAUGAUAAGAUUCUUGAUUCCUAAUUAAAUUACAUAGCAUUAGCUUACUUUAUACUAAAGAAUAUGCUCUAGAA